CGUCUCGACCAGCACCAGGGAGAUGUUGGAUAAAACAACUGUGGGUGUGGGCGUGGGUGUGGGCGUGGGGGCGGCGGCUGUGAUGUGGGCGUGGCGCAGGUUUUCGUCCCCAUGGAUUCCCUCCAAGUGGGAGGAGGUAGGGGAGGUGGGCGAAUUGACCAUCUACCCGAUCAAGUCAGGUCUUGGGGUCAGCGUCAACCAGGCUGAAGCUACCGAAUACGGCCUGGCUCGCGGCACUCUUGAAGACAGGGCGUUCAUAGCGAUGACGGCCGAUGACAAUCGGUCGGUAUCGGGGCGCCAGCUGCCUCGUAUGACUAUGGUAUGGCUGAAGAUGGACGGGGAUGUGGUCUCCAUGGGCGCCGACGGCUACUCUAGCGUGACCUUCGACCUCUCCGACGUCCGCAAGAACCAUAAGGUGGCUGAGACCAAGGUGUGGGACCAGCAAGUGAAGGGUAUCGAUUGCGGGGAAGACGCGGCUCGCCUCUUGACCGAAGUCGUCACAGAAGGCAAAACUAAAUUACGACUGCUCUACCGAGGAGAUGUCAUGAACAACAGAGUCGCCCGUAGGCUUGAGUACUACAACUUCCCCAAGAUCCUCGACACUGACAGGGUAUUUUACGCUGAGACAUGCGCCUAUCUCAUUGGCUGUGAGUCGUCGCUACAAGAUCUCAACUCCCGUCUGGAGGUGCCGGUGACUAUGGGCAACUUUCGCGCCAACAUCAUCGUUAAGGGCUCGAAACCCUCCGACGAGGACGAUUGGGCCUACGUCAAGAUCGGGAAAGCCGUCUUCAGGACUGUCAAACCUUGCCAGAGGUGUAUCCUGACGACCGUUGACCCGAAAACAGGGACAAGACACCCCAAACAGGAGCCACUGAGGACCCUUCGCACGUUCCGGGCGCUGAAGGAGCCGGCCAAGCUGGCCAAGGUGUGGUCCACCAGCCCCCUCAUGGGCAUCAGUACAGGCAUCGACGUCACGGGCACAGUCGCCGUCGGAGACAAGGUCCUAGUCGCCAGGAUCUCACAGAACCCUAAGCUGACAAUCUUUUAGAACUGACAGGAGCCUCGACAGAAACUUUUCCAGUAUUCCCACUCAUAAUUCAUCCAGCAUCCACUACAAGUCAUCCAGCACCCACAGCAAGUCAUCCAGCACCCACAACAAGUCAUCCAGCACCCACAACAAGUCAUCCAGCACCCACAACAAGUCAUCCAGUACCCACAAGUCAUCCAGCACCCACAAGUCAUCCAGUACCCACAAGUCAUCCAACACCCACAAGUCAUCCAACACCCACAAGUCAUCCAGUACCCACAAGUCAUCCAACACCCACAAGUCAUCCAGUACCCACAAGUCAUCCAACACCCACAACAAGUCAUCCAGCACCCACAACAAGUCAUCCAGCACCCACAGCAAGUCAUCCAGCACCCACAACAAGUCAUCCAGCACCCACAAGUCAUCCAGUACCCACAAGUCAUCCAACACCCACAAGUCAUCCAGUACCCACAAGUCAUCCAACACCCACAACAAGUCAUCCAGCACCCACAGCAAGUCAUCCAGCACCCACAAGUCAUCCAGCACCCACAAGUCAUCCAGUACCCACAAGUCAUCCAACACCCACAACAAGUCAUCCAGCACCCACAGCAAGUCAUCCAGCACCCACAAGUCAUCCAGCACCCACAAGUCAUCCAGUACCCACAAGUCAUCCAACACCCACAACAAGUCAUCCAGCACCCACAACAAGUCAUCCAGCACCCACAACAAGUCAUCCAGCACCCACAACAUGUCAUCCAACACCCACAACAAGUCAUCCAGCACCCACAACAAGUCAUCCAACACCCACAACAAGUCAUCCAGCACCCACUACAAGUCAUCCAGCACCCACAACAAGUCAUCCAGCACCCACAACAAGUCAUCCAGCACCCACAACGAGUCAUCCAACAC